AUGGCCGCCAAUUUUCGCUUGAACCUCAAUGAAGUCGCUCUUCUCUUUAUUCCUGAGAAUACACAAUCAGAAAUUAGAGACGCGUGUAUAGUUCAAGUGAUUGUUCGCUCAAUUGGAAUGGCUGCCAACCGUUCACCCUCUGUAGACGAUUGUGCGACGUUUUUCUGCUACGCAGAUGAAAUUUCGAAUGUCGUCCAGAACGUUGUCCUAGGUCAUCUUGCUUAUCCUGACCUUCCGACCAAUUUUGUUUUGCGAGGCGAAAACUACAUCUUACACGCAAAACGAAAAGAAUGGAAAGCUGGCAAGGAUUAUUGUUUCAAAUGGGGCGAAGAAGUUAUCAAUGCAGCCGCAGAGAAGUGGAUAUUCGAGAUGGUACCUAGAAUUAACGACUAG